AUGAAACAAAACAACAUUGCCACCAAGACAUCUGCAAGCACUCACCCUACCUCAGUUGCCACAACAAACGACGCCGACGAUUGUACAGACGAAACCACAUCCUUCCCAACCGUGACAAGCACAAACAGUAGUCAAUCAUCAUGUUUCCCUGCUUUGGGUUUCAAUAUGCCAUCAAACGUUCCAAGUUCUUUGGACGGAUGGUGGUGUAGUCCAACGGAUGAAUAUGCAUUCUUAGGGUUCUCCUAUGAAAUCUCUGCUUGUCAAUCACAGAGUCAAUUGAUCAGAGAAUUCAAAGAUGCACGUAAUACGUUCAAUGCUCGUUAUGUGCGUUUGUACGGUGCAUGUGAUGAUACGAAUUAUUACGGCAAAGUCGUCGAGGCUGCUUGGCAAGCUGGAAUUGGUAUUCAUGCUUUGAUUUGGUUCGGAUUUGAUGGUGAUAAUAAAUGGAUUGGUAGACGUGAUUCUUUGUUCUCUCAAUUACACUCCAAUCCAAAGGCAAAGUUCGUCACUCGAGGUGUUCAAUUUGGUAGUGAGCCGUUGUACGAUUGGGUGAUGAGUGGAACCGAUUUGGCCAAACAGGUAAAGAGCGCUCAAGCCAACCUAAAGGAUCUUAGCAUUAAUGUGACCGUUUCUGAUAUGGCAUACGGUUAUCAAUCUCAACAAGAUAGCGGAAGUCAAGACGUUUUGGACGCAAUCGAUUUUGUCGAUGCACACAUGUUACCCUACUUUGCACAAGAUGCAUCAACAGGUGAUAAAGCAUGGCAUGAUGAUGCAAACGAUAUGAAUUACUUCUUGCAACAUACCUCUAACAAAAAGAUUUAUUGGAGCGAAAAUGGUUGGCCAUCAACGCAUGAUUGUAAUGCAGGCGUUUGUCCAAAUUCUCCCAAUGCAGUUUCGAGUGUCGCAAGUGAGCAAGCAUAUUAUGAUUUAUUGGAUAGCAAGUGUUCAACGAUGAAAACUUAUCCUCAAGGAGGCGUUGGAUGGUUUGCACACAUUUAUAGUGAUUCACAAGAACCCGGUUAUGGUAUCUAUGAUGUGAACGGCAAACUCAAGUUUAAUUUCAAACCACGUACAUCUUGUUGA